AUGGGAUCAGUCGAGGAAUGCCGGGCUCUGCCGUCGGACACUGCCGUCCUGCAAGCCUGCAACAGGAGAGAUUGGCAAGACGCAGUGCGUCUGCUUGGCGAAAUCCAGGACUAUGGGAUUCCCACUGGCAUCCGAGUUUACACCGCGGUGGUCCGUCUGCUUCGAGCAGGUGGCCGCUGGACUCACGCGCUGGCGUUGCUUCCACAGAUGGCGGCCACACUCACGCUGCCGGAUUUGAUCUUCUGCAGCACAGCGAUGAGCACCUGCGAGAGGGGGUCAGCCUGGGAGGCCGCUUUGGCAUUGCUGGAGGACACCACGAGGAACGAGCUGCAGGUGGACGUGAUUCUGUACAGCGCGGCCAUCGGUGCAUGCGCCAAGGGUCAGCAGUGGCAGCCGUCCCUGGCGCUUCUGGAUCAUCUUCUGGAGAUGCAGCUGCGCAGCGACGUCAUCGUCUUCAACACCGCCAUCAGCGCUUGUGCCAAGAGUGGGCAGUGGCAGGCGGCGUUGGCCUUGCUCGAAGAGCUGCCUCAGCAACAGCUGCUGGGCUCCGAGGUCAGCUACAACACGUGCAUUAGCGCCUGUGCGAAGGCCGGACGAUGGGAGGAGGGUGCGCAACUCCUCGCCGACCUCGCCGUUCUUCGCUUUCAACCUGGGGCAAUCGCCUUCAACGCAGCGAUAGCGGGCUGCGCAUCACACGGACACUGGUUCCAGGCCUUGGCGCUUUUGGCUGCUGCCAGCGAAGACGAGGUGGCCGACUUGAUCGGCUUCAGCUCAGCCAUCACAGCCUGCGAGAAAGCCUCGGAAUGGCAAGUGGCGCUUUCGUUGCUUGAGGACCUGGAGGAGAGGACGCUUCAGUGUGACCUGCUCCUGUACAACUCAGCCAGCAGUGCCUGCCAAAAAGCUGCAGAAUGGCGGUCCGCGGUGGCUUUGCUGGAGCAGUCUCGCGCGAAGCGUCUCCGAGUAGAUCUGAUCUCGUUCAACGCUGCCAUCAGUGCCUGUGGGAAUGCAGGCUGCUGGCAGGAGGCUCUCCUACUUUUCAGCUCCUUGCAGCAAAGUGGCCUGACUCCAGACACCGUGAGUUACAAUGCCCUCACCAGUGCCUUCGAAAAGGCCAGCCAGUGGCAGCGGGCUCUGAGCCAACUUUCGGCAAGCAGCAACAUCGUCGCCUUUGGCGCUGUGGUGAGCGCCUGUGCCGAAGCCCAAGAAUGGCAACAAGCACUGUCCCUUCUGCGCGAGCUUCGGAGACGCACUCUGCGCGGCAACACCAUCCUCUGGAAUUCGUCUCUGACUGCUUGCGAGAAGGGCGAGCAAUGGCAGCUUGCGCUGCACUUGCUUGCCUCAAUGGGUAGCUCAGAGCUGCAAAGGACACGAGUCAGUUUCAAUGCCGCCAUUUCCGCUUUCGAGAAGGGCAACACGUGGCUGCAGGCCAUCCGCUUCCUGGAUCUCCUGCAGGACACUUCUGUCCAGGCGGAUUCCAUUUCCUACAUCGCCACGAUCAGUGCAGCUGAGAAGGGAGGGCAAUGGAACCCUGUCUUGCAACUCCUGGAAGAAGUGGACACGCGUUCCCUUGAGGUGGGAAUCGUCACCUACAACACUGCCUUGGCGGCAUGCAAGAAGUCCAACAGCCUGCAAAGGGCUCUGCAGGUGCUGGACGGCCUCGGUAAUCGGCGGCUCCAGCCAGAUAUCAUCACCAUCAGCACGCUCAUCGGUGCUUAG